AUGUCACUGCCUGUGAUUUUCAUGCCCUUCACAACAUCAGGACACCGGCCUUCAAGGACCGGAAUUGCCCACCCCUGGUCUAGACAAACUCUAUGUUUAAAUGCCGAGAGUCUUGGCAAAGCUAAUCGUGGUCAGUUGGCUCCUCAGGACACACAUCGCCUGUACCGGGUGAAGCUGGAGGAAGUCACUCAAUUCCAAAGCCGCUGCACUUCUGCCAUUGUCCGCCACAGGAAGAAGCUUAAAGAACUCUUGUCGUCGCUCUGUGUUUGUAAAAUAAACUUCCAUAGGCUCGGGCGCAAGUUGAGUCCAGUGGAAGCAGACUCUGUGGCUGACAUCGGGGUGGCAGCGGACGAGCAAGCCCGCGCCUUCUCCGAAAUGGAAACCUUCCUCCCGAAGCCAAACGGGUUGUACCUUACGCUGGUUCUGGGAAACGUCAAUGUCACACUCCUCAAUAAGCAGUCAAAAUUGGCCUCCAAGGAUGAAUACGAGAAGUUUAAGCUGAUCCUCACGGUCAUCCUCUUCCUCUUCUCCUUCACCUGUUGCUUUUUGUUCAGACAGGUGACUUUAGACGCCCUCUUAAACUUCCUCCUGGUGUGGUACUACUGCACACUCACUAUCCGCGAGAGCAUCCUCAUCAACAACGGCUCCAGGAUCCGAGGCUGGUGGGUCCUCCAUCACUACGUGUUGACCUUCCUGUCCGGAGUCAUGCUCACUUGGCCUGAGGGGAUUCUGUACCAGAUGUUUUGGAAUCAGUUCCUCUCCUACUGCUUGCAUCAGAUUGCGCUUGUCUCAGGUUUCGUCCAGUUUCUGCAGUACUACUAUCAGAGCGGCUGCCUUUACAGACUACGAGCCCUCGGAGAGCGACACAACAUGGACCUCACUGUUGAGGGUUUUCAGUCUUGGAUGUGGCGGGGGCUCACCUUCCUGCUGCCAUUCUUGUUCUUCGGUCACUUCUGGCAGGUGUACAACAGCAUCACGCUCCUCAAGAUGUUCCGGCUGCCGGAAUGUAAAGAGUGGCAGUAUUGUGGAACAGGAUGUCCAGAAAGGCAGGAUAUCUCAAGGCCGAUGGGGAACGCGAAAAACAACUCGUCUUUGUGGUCCAGACACCUGUGCUGAGCAGGGGAAAACUCAAACGAGGAGGAGAUGACUAUCGACCAUUGACCAAUCACCACACAAUAAUUUGCAUGCUUGAAUAUUCAUAUUGUGUUUCUUUAACCCGGAAGAAUGUGUCGUCUUUUCUGGUCACGAAGGCACACGAGUUUUUGUGUUAAGGACCCAAGACCCAGGCGCCUGUAUUAGCUUGCUUUGUCAGGAUUAAACAAUUGGUAAAUUCGGCCUAAUUGAUCUACUGGUCUUCUCUUUGACAGAACGAACUCGCAAAAUUGUUAGGUGCGCCAGUGUGUGGAUUAGAACAUAGCAAUUCUUGUGUUAAGUGUUGAUCAUAAUUUGGAGUCAGAUCAAUAGCUAAAAUCCGUAUCCUAACAAGCCGAACCAGCCCAAGUCCUUGUAGGACUUGAGCGUCUCGACCCCUGCCAGACCUCCGUUUGACCGCCGCAAAGCUUAUCCGCUCUCCUCGAGUGGCCUUCGUUGGGAGACCUUGUAAAGAAGGAAAGUGUGUCCCUCUGGUCUAUGGCUUGCCUUUAAAACGUGCUGAAUAAAAGAACUCCUCCA